AUGGCUGCCUUCGCUCUUUCAGAGCUCCUUCCCAACAAAUGGAGGCAUAUUGGCGUCGUCAUUGCCGAUAUCACGACCAUCAUUGCCGUUAUUAUCGGGCCUGUCACCGGCCGGUACGGAAUCGAGAGUCACACAUGGCAAUGGAACUUCUGGGCGGCUGCCAUCGCCCAGUUCCUGUCUUUCUUGGGCCUGUACUUCCUCUACUACCCUCCUGCUCAUCCAUAUGGCAUCCCCUUCCGACAAAUGAUCAAGGAAAUCGAUUAUGUUGGCGGCUUUCUGUUCAUCGCUGGUGCUGUCCCUGUGCUCAUGGGCAUCGUCUGGACCACCAUCUACCCUUCCAACAGCGCUUAUGUCGUCGCCCCCCUGGUCGUCGGGUUUGCAGGCUUAGUUGCCUUCGCCUGUUGGGAGAGAUUUGCAAAUAUCAAGCACCCGCUGACACCUACCUAUGUCUUUACAUCAUCUUACGGCCGAGACCUGACGGCACCUGCCAUUGCGUUGGGCGUCGUGAACAUGUUCUACUAUUCUAGCAGUAUCCUCUGGCCUACGAUGAUCAAUGCACUCUACACCAAUGGUGGCACCAACUGGAAGUAUGGCAUUGUGCUCUCCUUGCCCCAAGGCAUUGCUAUUUUGACCGGCGCUGGUGCCUUGUCAAUAUUCGGCAGCCAUAUCAAACACUGGCAAUGGCAAUUGACUGGUUCGGUGUUUGUCAUGGUCCUAUUCGGAUCCCUCCUGGCCUUGGUCAACACCCACAACAAAGGACUGAUGCUUGCUUUCGUUUUCCUGUCACAGACUGGCUACGGUUGGGCCAUCUACCUUGCCAUCGCCGUGAGCCAAAUGGGCGUAGAACACAAAGAUCUGGGCAUCAGCGGUGGGAUCUCUGGAGUGGCUCGAUUUGCGGCAGGCUCAAUUGGUGCGGCCGUGUACACUACUAUACUGACAAAUACUACCAAUGACUGGAUCGCGAAACUUGUUCCGACAGCUGCUCUCGAGGCAGGUCUGCGGGAGUCCCGGCUCGCAGAAUUGAUGGCGUCUGUGGGAACCCCAGCACUGGCAGCGAAUUUCAGCCCAAGCAUUGUAGCCGCUGCGUCGGGAGCAGUUGCUGAAGCAAAUGUACAUGGUAUCAGGUAA